AUGUCAUCUUUCGACUUGGAGACGCAGAUACGCGAGAUUCCGAUCUAUCAACCCGGACCAAUAAUGAUAAAAGACGGACUACAAGCUGUUCUCGAUGUCAUCGGGACAUCUGAGAUGGAAUCUGAAUAUAGAGAUUCUGUUCUUGUCGCCAUCGACUUUGAGAAUACGGCCAACUUUGACAAGUCGACAAAUCUUCCUAUAAAUGAUGUUCAAAUUAACGCCGGACGUGAAAAGAAGAAGAAGAAGAAGAAGAAGAAGAAGAAGAAGAAGAAGAAGAAGAAGAAGAAGAAGAAGAAGAAGAAGAAGAAGAAGAAGAAGAAGAAGAAGAAGAAGAAGAAGAAGAAGAAGAAGAAGAAGAAGAAGAAGAAGAAGAAGAAGAAGAAGAAGAAGAAGAAGAAGAAGAAGAAGAAGAAGAAGAAGAAGAAGAAGAAACAAAGUAAGAUUUCCGGGAGAUGGAUGGAUUCUAAAUAA